AUUUCUUUUAUCUCUUUUCUUUUUCAUUUCUGUAUUUUAUCUUGCUUGUUUAUCAAACUGUAGUUAAACCAUGUCAGAUAGUGAACCUGAUAAAUAUCCAGUUGCAACAAAACGAGCAAGAGAAGCUAGUAUUGGAGGGGAUGAAGAGCAUAUAAAAGUGGAUCCUAAAGAUCAAUUAAAAGUGAUCUCUCAAUUGCGGGAAGAGAAUUUCAUGGAAGGUGAAAAUUGGUGCUUGAUUUCAAAAGCUUGGUAUCAUCGUUGGAAACAAUAUUGUGCUCGUUUGAGUAGUCCUCAACAAGAAGCAAGAAACAUCGCUGAAAGAUCUCCACCUGGACCUAUUAAUAAUAGUUCUAUUUUGAAAGAUGGUAAACUUAUAGAAGAUCUAACAAUUGAGGAAACUGUUUUUGCUGUACCAGAAAGUGCUUGGGAAAAAUUAGUUAGUUGGUACGGUGUUACGAAGGAUAGUGCUGAACCUAUUAGAAGAACUUUAAUUAUAGAUGAUUCAGAGAAAAAAACAAUAGAAUUGUAUCCUCCUCAAUUCAAGUUGUAUUCGAUUGCAACUAAUGGAUCAGAAUAUAUGAGUGAUUUAACGCGCUGUCCAGUUAUUACUUUAUCAAUAACUAAUACAGUUAAUGACUUUUUGGCUGCUGUCAAAAACGCUUUUGAUCUUUCACCUAAUACUGAAAUCCAAGUUUGGAUAUUAAAAGGAGAGCCUGUAAUGAUAAGUCCUCCUAAUGUCUCUGUUGAUAUCGUUACAGAUGCAUCAUUACUUGAAAUUGAAGACAAUGACGCAACUAUAGGUCAUUCUGGUGAAUUUUACAUAGCCAUUGAAGUAAAAGACAAGCUUUCAUCUAAAUUUCCAUCUGAUUUGUAUCAAAAUAAACAAUCUUCUGAUACUUCUUCUGUCUCAUCUACCUCAAGUAUAUUUACAAAUGGUUUCAAUAAUUUAACAACUUCUUCUACAGCUUCUCCUCCUGCUCCUCUUACUCCUCGUUAUGAGCAUGGUGUCUGUGGGUUACAAAAUCUGGGCAAUACUUGCUUUAUGAACUCUGCACUACAAUGCUUAAGUAAUACACCACAAUUGACUAAAUGGUUUUUGGCCGAUAACUACAAAAGGGAUUUAAACAGAGAUAAUCCUUUAGGUAUGAAAGGUCAUGUUGCUGAAGCAUAUGGAAAAUUAAUUGAAAAAUUAUGGAGCGGAACCGCAAGCAGUAUUGCACCUAGAGAUUUUAAAUACACCAUUGGCCGUUUUAAUUCCUCUUUUAGUGGAUAUCAACAGCAUGAUACUCAAGAAUUAUUGGCUUUCUUAUUAGAUGGUCUCCAUGAGGAUUUAAAUCGAAUUAUUAAAAAGCCUUAUAUCGAAUUGCCUGAUUUUGACGGAAUGGAGGAUGCAGAAAUUGCAAAACAAAGUUGGGAUUAUCAUCGUGCAAGAAAUGAUUCUAUCAUUGUCGAUUUGUUUCAGGGUCAAUUUAAGAGUAGAUUAGUUUGUUCGGAAUGUUCGAAUGUAUCUGUAACUUUUGACCCCUUCAUGUAUUUAUCUUUGCCUCUUCCUAUUAAGAAAAAGAGCAAAAUUACGGUCGUCUAUGUCCCUUAUGACCCCUCUCAACGCUUACAACGAGUGGUGGUAACUUUAAAUAAAGAAGCAAGUAUAGCUCAUCUUCAAAAGGAAUUGGCUAAAAUGAUGUCAGUUGAAGAUCCUAAUUCACUCUUAGUUGUAGAAUUAUUCAGUCAUAAAAUUUAUAAAGUAUUUCCUCAAUAUGAACCUGUUGCUACAAUUGGUAGUGCCGAUCUUAUUUAUGUAUAUCAGCUUCCUGGUCCUAUACCUCCUCUUCCUAAAAAAAGGGCAAGGUAUUUCUACAAUAGUCAUAAAGAAGAAGACGAAGAAGAAAAACGACCUAUUAAUGAAGAUCAGUUAAUCGUAUUCCCUGUUUACUGCGCAACUGUAACAAAAAGUGAUGACAAUUCUUAUAACGAUGAAAAAAUAAAUCAAUUUGGUGAUCCUAUUAUUCUUGCUAUUCCUCAUAAGGAUGCCAAUAAUCUUGAUUUGCUUUAUCGUUUGAUAUCACAACACAUUGAACGUUAUACGCAAUUCAAAGUAUUUGAAGAAGUGAAUGAGAAUUCGAAGGAAAAUAUGAAUGUGACUAAUCCAUUUAUUGAUGAUGCAGAAGGUAAAAAGGGCUUAGAAGCAGAGGAAGUGAAUGAUCAACCUCCACCAUAUGAUAUCGUUGUAACUGAAGAGAAUAAUCCAAUGAAUGCUGAAUUUGUAGCAUCCACUCAGGAAGAAGAAAUAAUCGAGGAUAUGAAAGAAGAUAUGGAGGUUGAUACCAUCGAAGAACCUUCAAAUUUAAUUCAUACUGCUGCUGCUGUUAUGCCUGCUGGAGGUAAAAAGGUGGAGCCUAUGAAUAAUUUAUUUACCAUGAAGGUCUUUACUGGUCCUCACUCUUAUGGUAGAGGUGGAUUUGAUGAUCUUUUACCCAGUGUUCAAACUUGGUCUGGUUUAGUUGAUCUUCGUGAAAGAGUAGAGAUUGAAGAAAAACAACGUGAAGCAUACAUGCGUCAACAAAAUGGAUUAGAUAUUGAAUCUGAAUCCGAGUCUGAGCAAGAUACGGAAAUGGAAGACUCCCUUAUAUUGUCUUCCAAGAUGGAAAAUGAGGAAGAAGAUGAUCAGGUAGAAGAUGCAGCAGCUCUUUUCUCAAGUACUGCAACUCCCCAAAUAUCAUUGAUAGACGAUGAGGAUGAGGAUAAGCAACAAGGUGAAACUGAAACUGAUAAUAUUGAAUCAACAGACAAUGCUUCAUUCCCUUCUGAUAGCAAUAGUAUUCAGAGUAUGAAACCCUUAUCUCCUCUUAUUAGUCCUGCUGUACCUGUAACGGUAGCUGCACCCACUUUACCUAAACGUAAAGUUGCAUGUCCUCCUAGCACGAUUAUUCGUCAGGGGGAAGGUGUUCUGCUAGCAUGGACACUCAAGAAAGCUCAACAAUUGUUUGGUGCAGCUAAUCCUCAUAUCUAUUCUCAUGAAAGUGGAGUUUGUACAGAUGCUUGGGAUGAUAUCCAGGUUAUUGGUGACCCUAAUGAUGUUGAUAUAAAUCAAAAGACUCAACAAAAGAAGCAAGUGACACUUGCUGAUUGUUUAGAUGAAUUUACUAAAGAAGAAGAAUUAAGUGAUGAAGACCUUUGGUAUUGUCCAAAAUGUAAAAAGCAUGUCCGUGCUACAAAGAAAUUCGAUCUCUGGCGUAUGCCUGAAAUUAUGGUUGUUCAUCUUAAACGAUUUAGUCAUUCUCGUACCUGGAGAGAUAAAAUUGAUGCUUUUAUUGAUUUUCCAACUGAGGGUCUUGACUUGACAGAUCGUGUUUUGAGUAUUCAAGACCAUACAUCAGUUGCAGAAGAAGAAAGACUGAUAUAUGAUUUAUAUGGUGUAGAUAAUCAUUAUGGUGGUUUAGGUGGUGGUCAUUAUACUUCUUUUGCUCAAAAUUUUGAAAACGGCAAUUGGUAUAGUUUUGAUGAUUCUCAUGCUUCUAAAGUAGAUAUUUCUGAUAUUAAGACUUCUGCAGCCUACCUUUUGUUUUACAAGCGUAGAAGGCCUGUGAACGAAGAAUCAAAUAGAUCAGUUGAAGAAAUCUUAAAAGAAACGCAUGAAAAGCAGCGGGCUGCUGAAAAUAGUACAAUAGUAUCUGAGCCAAAAGAGGAGUUAACAACAGAAGACCAUAAAGGAUAUAUUUCAUCUUCAGAUGAAAAAGAGUCAUUUGAGACUAGGAACAAAGCUGCCAAUGGUAAUCAUUUACCACCCGUCGUUGUAUCAACAGCAAUAACUACUACACUGAACAAUAAUGACACUACUUGUAGCAGCGAUCAUGGUAAUGAUGAUGAAAAUAAUGUAUAAAUAAAAUACAUUAUCAUUUAAUUAAAAUUUCUCCACCAACAUACAAUAAUAUCAUGUAAUAAAUAUAACUG